AUGGUGAAACAAGCAACGAAAGGUCAGAAAGAGAUUUAUGAGGAGAACCAGGCAACUGUCACCACUUAUAGUGUGGCUAGCACAGUUAGCAUGGCAAUCUACUACUCGUCGUGCAUGUUCUUGAGCCAAUGCUCAUCAACCGACUACGUAUUCUUCGCCAUUUCGGCACUAGUUCAAAUUUUCGCCAUUCUUUUCAUGAAGUCGUUGGCUAAAGCCAAACUCGAUGAAAAAGGUCAUGUUCUCGACGCGGGAGCCGAUUUGAAUGACCCAGAAGCAUUCGGAGAAUACUGUAAAGACGCCAUCAUUCUAUCGGUCAUAACUCAACUUGUCUCCCUCUACACCACUUGGGGAUUCCUUCUUCUACUCGCUUUUCCAGCUGCUGCCACCUACAAAUUUGUCGCCGGAUUCCUUCUUCCAUGGUUUACAGCUGGCUCCGAUGCGGAAGAUGUCGAUGAUAAGAAGCAGAAGAAAAUGGAUAGAAGAAGAGAGAAAGUUGUCUAUAGACGAUGA